AUGGAUAAUGUGUUGGGGCUUUUGGAGGUGCAGUAUGCUGAAGAUGGAGAGAGUUGUUCGGAGUUCAUACUGAAUCAUUUCCCGAUAGAGACCAAUUCGGUGCUAAGAUUGGGUCGUAACACACAGGAGUGUGUGUAUUCAGUGGACCAUCCAUCUGUGUCGAGCGUUCAUUGUAUUCUAUGGGGGAUACGGUUCGAUCCCGAGAGUAUUCCGUUGUGCUACAUCAAGGAUGUGUCUUUGAAUGGGACAACGGUGAAUGGAGAGGAGUUGGAAAGAGAUGUGCCUUAUUUGUUGGGCAACCAGGAUUUGAUUGAGCUUCCUAAUGGUGUAAGUUUUAAGUUUUCUUCGGUCAAGAGUGAGACUAUGUCGCAGUUUUUGGCCGGGCUCAGGGUGCAGAUGAAGUGGAAUACGUGGGAGAUAGUUCCGCGAAUUGUGGGUUCUGGGACGUUUGGACAUGUGCUAGUGGCAAAGAAAAAGCACGAGCAGAAAAAGAGUAGCAGCGCAACAACCAAAAAGCCGCCUUCGUACGCCGUGAAAAUCAUCAACACUUCCAAGACCCGCAUGGUGAAAGAGGCAUCGAUACUUGAGAAGUUGGACCACCCAAAUAUCAUCAAAAUACAUCAAUCGUGCGUGGAUUCUGUUGGAAACAUAUACAUUUUCCAGGACUUGAUAUCUGGCGGGGACCUUUUCUCGUAUUUGGCCAAGGGUGACUGUUUGGUUCCGAUUUCUGAAACCGAGUCGUUAAUCAUAACGUACCAAAUUUUGCUAGCCUUGAAGUUCCUACAUUCAAAUGGCAUUGUGCACAGGGAUUUGAAGCUAGACAAUAUCCUAUUGCAUACCCCUGAACCUUGUACCAAAGUCGUUUUGGCCGAUUUCGGUAUUGCAAAAGAGCUGUCGCAAUGCACCAAGGAGAGAAUGCACACCGUAGUUGGAACACCAGAGUACUGUGCUCCAGAAGUGGGAUUCAAAGCGGAUCGUAACGUGUACCGCUCCUUCAGCCGGACAGCAACGUUGGACCCAGAAAAUAUUGGCUACGAUUCAAAAUGCGAUAUUUGGUCCCUUGGUGUUAUAACGCAUAUAAUGUUGACCGGCAUAUCGCCGUUUUAUGGCGAUGGUUCCGAGGGAAGUAUAGUGAGAAGCGUUCGCAGUGGACACCUCAAUUUUAGUGCAAAACAAUGGAUCCCCAUCACAGACUCAGCCAAGAGCUUCGUAAGAAAAUGUCUUCAAGUUUCCACCCAGCAAAGAUGCAACGUGAAAGAAGCAUUGCAUCAAAUUUGGAUAGAAAAACACACUAGCCAACUAGAGAGAAUCUACAGAAAGAAGGUACUACAAGGCAGCUCAGAGCCCAUUAAAGUCGACGAAAACAUGGAUAUCUUUGCCUCAACGAAACAUAAACUGCCGAAAAGUGUCAAACUUUCUCCAGAAAAAAAUCCAAGCAAACGAUUGAAGCUUUUUUCAAAUAAGAUGUGA